AUGAUCGAUCCGUUCCCUCCUCCGCCGCCCUGGCUCGUUGAACUGAUCAAGCCGUACUGCGACGCCCUCUACCUCCCCACCCUACCGUACCAUAUCCACGAGGUUUUGUUUGGAUUCCUGGUCUAUCAGACAACGCAAUCCCUUAUCUCGCCGGUGUGCUCGACCUUUCUGUUCCCCAAUAUCUAUCCCAAACUCACGCGCCGGACACGCAUCAAUUGGGAUGUGCACGUGGUCUCCCUGGUGCAGGCGUGCUUGAUCAACACCUUAGCAUUGUGGGUGAUGUUUACAGACAAGGAGCGCUACGAUAUGAAAAACAGCGCAGUUGAGCGGAUAUAUGGGUACACUGGAGCUUCGGGACUCAUCCAGGGGUUUGCGACAGGCUAUUUCGUAUGGGAUCUUGUCGUGAGCACACGGUAUCUCAAGAUAUUUGGUCCCGGGAUAUGGGCGCAUGCUGUGACUGCACUGUCGGUCUUUUCUCUUGGAUUUAGACCGUUUUGCAACUACUAUGGCCCGGUAUUCAUCCUCUACGAACUGUCCUCUCCCUUCUUGAACAUCCAUUGGUUCUGCGACAAACUCAACAUGACGGGCUCGAAAUUGCAAUGGUACAAUGGCAUAAUUCUCCUCACGGUGUUCUUCUGCUGCCGGCUGCUCUGGGGAACAUAUCAGUCGCUCCGGGUCUAUCAAGAUGUAUGGCACACGAUGCAUUUGAACUCGACCGGCCCGCUGCUCCGGGAAAUACGGACCUCACCUCAUUCGGCCAUCUUCGUCCCCCGAGACGGGCAGCUGUGUCUGGGUGAGAACAGCUGCCUAGUCGCCCAGUCGGAGGUGAUGAAGUUCACAGGUUCUCACACUGAACCCAUACCCUUCUGGCUGGCUGGCGUCUAUCUGGCCUGCAAUCUGGUCCUCAACUCGCUCAACUUUUACUGGUUCGCCAAGAUGAUCGAGACUGUCCGCAAACGGUUCCAGGGGAAGCCUCAUGACGAGUUUCCGCGCGAGAAAGAUCACAGGAGGACGAGCAUGAUAGAGGAGAUGGCUACUGAGCUUGAUUACGAGACUCUUUCGGGGCCCAAGACACCACCGGGGGAAGAAAAUGUCGAUGCUACUGCAAGCAGCACAGCCGUGCCAGAUGGCUCAGAUGGGCUGAAGAGGCGGUAA